AAGGGCUACAGUGCAGUUUUCCAUUCAGGGGAACAUAUCCCGUGACAAUAGCGGACUCCUCCAGGCACUCCAAGACAUCUGAGCCUUCAGCCGGGAGUGCUCUUGGACCACAAGCUUGAAGUUUGCGUCUGAAGAGCUCAUUGGAAAGGAAAAGUUUUAUUGUGGGUGAGGCACGUUUAACGGCGCUUCAGGAGUCGCACAGCAGGGGCCAAUGGGAGUGUGGAAGCUGGCCAAGGUGGUGCUCGGAUGGGCUGCGAUCUGGUGGGCCGCGGUCCAUUCAGCGCAGGCGCAAGGAGAUGGAGACAUCCAGUCCAGUCGAUUCACUGGAAAACCUGAGGGGGAGGUGCAACAGAGGGUCCGUCGGAGAGGCCAGGAGUCCCUCAGGGGGCCCAACGUAUGUGGUUCCCGCUUCCACUCCUAUUGUUGUCCAGGAUGGAAAACUCUUCCCGCAGGAAACCAGUGUAUAGUUCCGAUCUGUAGGAACUCGUGUGGGGAUGGCUUUUGCUCGAGGCCUAAUAUGUGUACCUGCUCAAGUGGUCAUCUUGCCCCUAGCUGUGGUGCGGCCGCAGUCCAGUCCUGCAGCGUCAGAUGCAUGAAUGGAGGGGUCUGUAAUGAAGAUGCCUGCUCUUGUCAGAAGGGCUACAUAGGAACGCACUGUGGACAGCCUGUGUGUGAGACUGGAUGUCAAAAUGGCGGCCGUUGUAUUGGACCCAACAAAUGUGCCUGUGUCUACGGUUUUACUGGCCCGCAGUGUGAGAGAGACUACCGGACCGGGCCAUGCUUCACACAAGUCAACAACCAGAUGUGCCAAGGUCAGUUGAGCGGCAUUGUGUGUACCAAGACAUUGUGUUGUGCAACCAUCGGGCGAGCAUGGGGUCACCCAUGUGAGAUGUGCCCUGCCCAACCCCACCCUUGCCGAAGAGGUUUCAUACCCAACAUCCGCACUGGUGCUUGCCAAGAUGUGGACGAGUGUCAGGCCGUCCCAGGACUAUGCGCUGGAGGAAACUGCAUUAACACCGUGGGCUCCUAUGAGUGUAAAUGUCCCGCGGGUCACCGGCAAAGUGAGACCAACCAGAAGUGCGAAGAUAUCGACGAAUGCGCAACCAUAUCCGGAGUGUGCGAUGGUGGGGAAUGUACCAACACCGCCGGCAGCUACGUGUGCACCUGUCCGCGGGGGUACGUCACCAGUGCAGACGGCUCCAGAUGUGUCGAUCAUCGGGUCGGUGCGUGUUUCUCGUCUUUAGCGAACGGCCGCUGUGCGAGCGAACUGUCCGGUCAGUACACCAAGAUGCAGUGCUGUUGCGACACGGGCCGCUGCUGGGCCCUCGGACACAUCCCAGAGAUGUGCCCCGUCAAAGGAUCCGAUGAAUACAGGCGACUGUGCAUCCAGAGGUUACCGUUUGCCACCGGUAACGGCGGCAUCAUCCACGACGGCAACGGCGGUCUGAACAUCGGCGGCUACGGCAAAGGUCCCUCGCACAACGGAAACGGCGGCGGCUACAUUUACGGCGGCGAUCACACCAUCGUAAAUGGCAAUGGCGGCAACGGCGGCCAGAAGAUUCAGAUCAGCCUGCUGAACGAGACGGCGAUCGACGUGUGCAAGCAUUUUACCAACCUGUGCCUGAACGGCCGCUGCGUUCCCACGCCGACCAGCUACCGCUGCGAAUGCAACAUGGGAUACAGGCAGGACGUGCGCGGGGAGUGCAUCGAUGUGGACGAAUGCAUCAGUAACCCCUGUGUGAAUGGAGACUGUGUCAACACACAAGGAUCGUAUCACUGUAAAUGUCACGAGGGAUACCAGGGAACUCCCACCAAACAGGCCUGCAUUGACAUUGACGAGUGUAUCGUGAACGGCGUUAUGUGCCGUAACGGACGCUGCGUGAACACAGAUGGAAGUUUCCAGUGCAUCUGUAAUGCUGGCUUUGAAAUCAGUCCUGAUGGGAAGAACUGCGUCGAUCAUGAUGAAUGUGCCACCACCAACAUGUGCCUCAACGGCAUGUGCAUAAACGAAGACGGCAGCUUCAAGUGUAUCUGCAAACCUGGAUUUGCUUUGGCGCCCAACGGACGCUACUGCACUGACAUAGACGAAUGCCAGACCUCGGGCAUCUGUAUGAAUGGUCGCUGCGUGAACACAGAAGGCUCUUUCCGCUGCGAGUGCCCGCCAGGGCUGGCCAUCGACGUGGAUGGCCGCGUCUGCGUGGACACCCACAUGCGCACCACCUGCUACGGCGCAAUAAAGAUGGGCACGUGUUCGCGUCCAUUCCCCGGGGCGGUGACCAAGUCGGAAUGCUGCUGCGCCAACCCAGAACACGGCUUCGGAGAACCCUGCCAACCCUGCCCGGCGUUCAACUCCGCCGAGUUUCAGGCGGUGUGCAGCAGCGGACCUGGAAUCACUGCAGAUGGACGAGACAUCAACGAAUGCGCUUUGGAUCCAGACAUCUGUCAAAACGGGAUCUGCGAGAACUUGCGCGGGAGCUACCGUUGCAUCUGUAACAUCGGCUACGAGUCCGACACUAGCGGCAAGAAUUGCGUGGACAUUAACGAGUGUUUGGUGAAUCGGUUGUUGUGCGACAAUGGCAUGUGUAGAAACACGCCUGGGAGUUACACUUGCUCUUGCCCCAAAGGAUUCUCUUUCAAAGCUGACUCUGAGACUUGCGAAGACAUCAACGAAUGCGACCCCAACCCUUGCAUCAACGGCAUGUGCCGCAACGUAGCCGGUUCUUUCAACUGCGAAUGUUCCCACGGCAGCAAGCUGGACUCCACCAGCACCAUCUGCGUAGACAGCAUGAAAGGAACCUGCUGGCUAAACAUCCAGGACAACCGCUGUGAGGUGAAUAUAAACGGGGCCACGCUGAAGUCCGAAUGCUGCUCUACGCUGGGGGCGGCCUGGGGAAGCCCAUGUGAACACUGCGAAAAUGAUCCAGCCUGUUCGAAAGGUUUUGCGCGCAUGAAGGGACUUGUGUGUGAAGAUAUUAACGAGUGUGAGGUAUUUCCCGGCGUGUGCACAAACGGACGCUGUGUGAACACGCAAGGCUCGUUCCGAUGCGAGUGUCCGGAGGGACUUACGCUGGAUGGAGCCGGACGAACAUGUGUUGAUCUCAGAAGCGAGCAGUGUUAUAUGAAAUGGGACGAGGACGAGUGCGUGGAGCCAUUACCGGGCCGGUAUCGUGCGGAUAUGUGCUGCUGUACAGUGGGAGCGGCAUGGGGCGUGGACUGUGAGGCCUGUCCCAAACCAAACACGCCCGAAUUCAAAACCAUCUGCCCGCGGGGACCCGGAAUCGCCAACCGAGGAGACAUCCUGACAGGACGACCUUUCUACAAAGAUGUGAAUGAAUGUAAGGUCUUCAAAGGCCUGUGCACUCACGGGACGUGCCGAAACACCAUCGGGAGCUUCAAAUGCCGCUGUGACAGCGGUUUCGCCCUCACCAUGGAGGAGAGGAACUGCAUAGAUAUCGACGAGUGCACCAUCUCUCCGGACCUGUGCGGACACGGCGUCUGCGUCAACACGCCCGGCAGCUUCGAGUGCGAGUGUUUCGAGGGCUACGAGAGCGGCUUCAUGAUGAUGAAGAACUGCAUGGACAUCGAUGAAUGCGAGAGGGAGCCCCUGCUGUGCCGCGGCGGCACGUGUCUGAACACAGAGGGCAGUUAUGAGUGUGACUGUCCUCCGGGACACCAGCUGAGUCCAGAAGCUUCGGCCUGUGAAGAUGUGAACGAGUGUCAGCUCAGUGAUAACCUGUGUAGGAACGGUCAGUGUGUGAACAUGGUGGGCACCUAUCAGUGCUCCUGUGACAUGGGAUACCAGGUGACGCCCGACAGACAGGGCUGCGUGGAUAUCGACGAGUGCACCAUCAUGAACGGCGGCUGCGAUACUCACUGUACGAACUCUGAGGGCAGUUACGAAUGCAGCUGCAGCGAGGGUUACGCGCUCAUGCCCGACCUCAGGACCUGCGCCGACAUCGACGAGUGUGAAGACACGCCGGACAUCUGCGACGGCGGUCAGUGUACGAACAUCCCCGGAGAAUAUCGCUGCCUCUGCUAUGACGGCUUCAUGGCCUCUAUAGACAUGCGCACCUGCAUCGAUGUCAACGAAUGUGAUCUGAAUCCCAACAUCUGUCUGCACGGCGACUGUGAAAACACGAAAGGCUCCUUCAUCUGCCACUGUCAGCUGGGAUACUUCGUCAAGAAGGGCUCCACCGGAUGCACAGACGUCGAUGAGUGUGAGAUCGGCGCUCAUAACUGCGACAUGCACGCCGCCUGCGUCAACGUCCCGGGGAGCUUCAAGUGCCGCUGCCGCAACGGCUGGGAGGGCGACGGGAUCAAGUGCGUCGAUGUGGAUGAGUGCGUGACUGAAGAACACAACUGUAACCCGAAGGCUGAGUGCAUGAACACGCCGGGAUCGUACCGCUGCUCCUGUAAAGAGGGAUUCAACGGCGACGGAUUCACCUGCUCCGACAUGGACGAGUGUGCGGAUAACGUGAAUCUGUGUGAGAACGGCCAGUGUCUGAACGCACCGGGAGGAUAUCGCUGCGAGUGUGAGAUGGGCUUCACCCCGACUGAAGACAGCCAGGCCUGCCAGGACAUCGACGAGUGUAACUUCCAGAACAUCUGUGUGUUCGGAUCGUGUCAGAACCUGCCGGGAAUGUUUCGCUGUGUGUGUGACUACGGAUACGAGCUGGACCGCAGCGGAGGAAACUGCACAGAUAUAAACGAGUGUUUCGAUCCGGUGAACUGCAUCAACGGCGUGUGUGUGAAUCUGCCCGGCAGCUACCUGUGCAACUGCCCGCCAGACUUCGAGCUCAACCCGUCGGGCGUGGGCUGUGUCGACACUCGUGUGGGGAACUGCUUCCUGGACACUCUGGACCGCGGUGACGGAGGCAUCUCCUGCAGCGCUGAGAUCGGGGUGGGAGUGACCCGCGCCUCCUGCUGCUGCUCGCUGGGGGGAGCCUGGGGAAACCCCUGCGAACUCUGCCCUCCCAUCAACUCCACCGAGUACAAAACCCUGUGUCCCGGAGGAGAGGGCUUCCGGCCCAAUCCCAUCACCGUGAUCCUGGAGGACAUCGACGAGUGCCAGGAGCUGCCGGGUCUGUGUCAGGGGGGAAACUGCGUCAACACCUUCGGCAGCUUCCAGUGCGAGUGUCCCGCCGGAUACUACCUCAACCAGGAGACGCGCAUCUGCGAAGAUAUUGAUGAAUGCACGGCGCACAGGAUGCUUCGUCUGGCUGAUCUUGUGGCUGAUUUUCACGAGCCCUACCGUAACGAGUGUCAGGAGAUCCCGAACGUCUGCAGUCACGGCGAGUGCAUCGACACUCAGGGCAGCUUCCGCUGUCUGUGCCACAACGGCUUCAAGACCACGCCGGACCAGACCAUGUGCAUGGAUAUCGACGAGUGCAGCGUUCACGCCAGUCAGGUGUGCAGGAACGGCCAGUGCAUCAACAGCAUGGGCUCCUUCAGGUGUCUGUGUCUGGAUGGCUAUAACCUGACGCCGGACGGCAAGAACUGCGUCGAUAUUAACGAGUGCGUGACGCUGCCGGGAGCCUGUCAGCCGGGGACCUGUCAGAACCUGGACGGCUCGUUCCGCUGCAUCUGUCCGCUCGGAUACGAGGUGCAGAACGACAAGUGUGUGGAUAUCAACGAGUGCAGCGUGGAGCCCAGCAUCUGUCAGUUCGGCUCGUGUAAAAACACUGCGGGCAGCUUCCAGUGCAUCUGUCAGCCUGGCUUCGUUCUGUCCGACAACGGCCGCAGCUGCUUCGACACGCGCGAGAGCUUCUGCUUCACGCGGUUUGAAGCGGGCAAAUGCUCCGUCCCCAAACCGCUCAACACCACCAAAGCCAAGUGCUGCUGCAGCCUGCUGCCGGGCGAGGGAUGGGGCGACCCCUGCGAGCUGUGUCCACGAGAGGCCGAGGCUGCGUUUCUCACGUUGUGUCCCUACGGUCACGAGGCCGUCCCGAGACCCGAAGGACGAGAGGACAUGAACGAGUGCGUGGAGAACCCGGGCAUCUGCAGAAACGGCCUGUGCAUCAACACGGACGGCUCGUUCCGCUGCGAGUGUCCCUUCGGAUACAACCUCGACUUCACCGGCGUCAACUGCGUGGAUACGGACGAGUGCUCGAUCGGAAACCCCUGUGGAAACGGGACGUGCUCAAACGUUCCUGGUGGCUUUGAAUGUUCCUGUCAGGACGGCUUCGAACCCGGACCCAUGAUGACCUGUGAAGACAUCAACGAGUGUUCGGUGAACCUGCUGCUCUGUGCUUUCCGCUGCGUCAACACCUUCGGCUCGUACGAGUGCAUGUGUCCGACGGGAUACGUGCUGCGCGACGACAACCGGAUGUGCCGAGACCAGGACGAGUGUGCUGAAGGGCUGGACGACUGCGCCUCCAGAGGAAUGGCCUGCAAAAACCAGAUCGGCACCUUCAUGUGCAUCUGUCCUCCCGGCAUGACACGCCGCCCCGACGGAGAUGGAUGCAUGGACCUGAACGAGUGCCGCAGCAAGCCGGGAAUCUGCAAGAACGGCCGCUGUGUCAACACGGUGGGAAGCUACCGCUGCGAAUGUAACGAGGGUUUCGAGUCGAGCUCCACAGGCACCGAGUGCAUCGAUAACAGGAAGGGCUUCUGUUUCACGGAGGUCCUGCAGACGAUGUGCCAGAAGUCGUCCACUAACCGAAACACCGUCACUAAGUCGGAGUGCUGCUGUAACGGCGGCCGCGGCUGGGGCUCGCUGUGUGAACUCUGUCCUCUGCCCGGAACCAUCCAGUACAAGAAGAUGUGUCCGCUCGGACCCGGAUACACCACUGACGGCAGAGACAUCAACGAGUGUGAGGUGAUGCCUAACCUGUGUAAGAACGGGCAGUGCAUCAAUAGCGUCGGCUCCUUCCGCUGCCAUUGCAACGUGGGUUACACCGAUGACUUCACUGGCACUUCCUGUGUUGAUAUGGACGAGUGCUCUCAGUCGCCCAAACCAUGUAACUUCCUGUGCAAAAACACUGAAGGCAGUUACCUGUGCUCGUGUCCCAGAGGAUACAUCCUACAGCCUGAUGGGAAGGCCUGCAAAGACUUGGACGAGUGCUCAACCAAGCAACACAACUGUCAGUUCCUGUGCGUCAACACGAUCGGUGGCUUCACCUGUAAAUGCCCCUCAGGCUUCACGCAGCACCAGACGGCAUGCAUAGACAACAACGAAUGCAGCAAUCAGCCAAAUGUAUGCGGCUCGCGCGCCUCCUGCCUCAACACCCCCGGCAGCUUCAACUGUGAGUGUCAGAAGGGCUUCUCUCUGGACACCACGGGAAUCAGCUGCGACGACGUCGAUGAAUGUGGUGGAAACCACCGGUGCCAGCACGGCUGCCAGAACAUGCUGGGAGGAUAUCGCUGUGGAUGCCCGCAAGGUUAUGUUCAGCACUACCAGUGGAACCAGUGUGUGGAUGAGAACGAAUGCGCCGGAAAUCAAGCCUGUGGGUCUGCGUCUUGCUAUAACACUCUGGGCAGCUAUAAAUGCAUGUGCCCGUCAGGUUUCGACUUUGAGCUCUCUGCUGGCGGCUGCCAGGAUGUUAAUGAAUGUGCCUUGAACAAUAACCCCUGCAGCUAUGGCUGCUCCAACACAGAUGGCGGCUACUUGUGCGGAUGUCCUGGAGGCUUCUACCGAGCAGGACAAGGGCACUGCAUCACAGGAGUGGGCUUCCAGGGUCAGUUUGGCUCGGAGGGAGUGGAUGACGAAGAGUCACUGUCACCGGAGGCCUGCUAUGAAUGCAAGAUCAAUGGUGACCUUGGAAAGAAAGGCCGCCAUAGGCGUAAUGCUGGCGAUAAUGAGCUCAAGGAGAUGGUGAGUAUGGCCAGCAUGGAUGUUCAGACCUCCAUCCCAAUGAACCUUAGUCUGGCGCAGCUGCAAAACAAGGAACCCCUACUUGAGUUGCUUCCAGCUCUGGAGCCGCUUGAGCACCACGUGCGCUACGUCAUAACGCACGGAAACCAGGGUGAACACUUCCGCAUCCUGGAGCGUCGUGACGGGAAGAGUGUUCUGCGGCUGGGCCGAAAGCCGCCCCCUCCAGGUUUGUUCCGCCUGGAGAUCGCCAGCUUGCGUAUGUUCGGUCCACGCAAACUUCAGCAAAUAGAGGACCAGCACGACAGCGACUACUUGCUGGGCGAGAUCGGCGACGCACUGCGCAUCAAGCUGCACAUCCACCUGCACUGAGACUGACCCUUGACCAUGCGCCCUUCACUGCAGGGCGUUGGCUCUGAGAGACUGUGUCCAUGUAUCGCCAUGUUUUGUUUGUUCUUAUUUGCCGUCCUUUCAUGUUUUCAUGUCAGCCCCUACCGAUUUCUCCAGGUUGGGUGGAAUAUGUACAUAUACCACCUUAAAUUAGCAGGAGUGCGUUAGCACUAGCAUUAGCACCCAAUCAGGCAAUCAGACAUAUUAGUCGUAAGGACGAUUUAAUUUUAAUACGGCUUUUACAGUUGUAAACUGUCAAAAUUAUCAUGAAAUGACAUUUCAGUCUUUAGUGCACAUAAAAACGAUGCAUUAUAGAUGAAGAAAAAUAUAAUGACCAUUCACUCACCUCGAUGUCUCAGUGUAAACUGGGGUCAACAUUUAUUCCAGUCAGUAUUUAGAGUUAUGUCAAGUAUUGUACUAUUUUUGAAGAAAAUAAGAAAAAAAAAAAGGUGACACAAAGGACUGCAACAAUUUUUCAGGUUUAAACAGUCGAGGGUUCAAACAGCUUAAGGUUUUCGACUGAAAUAUGUCUUUUUUUACAUACGAUUUUUGGGAUUUUCUGGAGUGUUUGCAUGAGCUGCCACAUCGCUUUACCUCAUUUUACACACAUAGACAAGAACACACACAUAUAUGAUCAUCAUAUAUGAUGCAGUUAAGACAGGAGUGGUGCUAAAUGCUCAAUUUGCACUGGGCCUCCUCUGUGUAUUUAAUCAGGGAAAUUUCAUUCCAAAAAUGGCAACAACUGUCCAAAGGGUUUUUGAAUAUGCAUGUGAUGUUGCACAAACUUGGCAUUCACAUUUGAACCAUUUUCUUCUCCAUACUUGUGUGCUCUUGUUGGUGUAUUUGAAAAAGACGCGCUUUGCAAACAGAGCACAUACAAUUGGAGAACUGGAAGCCUGCUGGGUAAACCAACCAGAGGCCAUUUUUGAUUGCAGCUGGAGACGUGCAGUCUCAAUGGUACAUAAGGAUUGUUUGGCAAGCCGUCCUCCAAAACACUCCAGAUAUGGACAUGCAAACACACAUUUUCAACUUUCAAGUGUGGGAACAUUGACAAACCAACCCUCGUUUCUUAGUUUCUCAGUAAUCUUGAGCAAACAAGGUGCUAAGAUUCCAAUUUACGCUGUUCUACGAACUGAUUUGUGGAUCGCAAACGUGACAUUUUCAAAGGUCUUUUGUGUUUUUAUUUUGUGUGUGAUUGUCUUUUGUACUGUCUCAAUGCUGAAAAAUCAAUACUAUCAAAGCUUGUUAAAAAUUUUUAUUGUAUAUUUUAAAGUGAAAUGUAGAUUUUGUUUGUAUUUCUUCUUUUGUAUUCUUGAGCGUCCAGACUGCCAAACCAAAUAUUUACUUGUAAACAUUAGAUAAAUAGCCUUUAAGAACGGUUGACUUUGUUUUUCCUCUUAAUACGGACAAUUAAUGAUCACAGCAUCCUUUAUUUACUGUCACGGAGCACUAUGUGACAGACGUCACUGUUUACAUGAGCUUGUCCAUCGAUCAUCAUAAUACUGUAGAUUAUUUGCCAUGACCAGCAACAUUGGACUGUUUUCAAAGGCUGUAAACAAAGUAAUUUUGGUGCUAGAAUGACAAAACUGUUUCUUGAACAUCACAGUAACUGCACUGUACGACAGCCUGAGCUAUAUUUAUGCAUAACCAUUUGUCUAACAUUGGAACUUUGUAUACUUUCAUAACUUUUGUUUUUGUUGAUGCCACUACAUGUAAAAGAGCGAAUGUGCGUGACUGUACUGUAUGUCAAAAAUCAGCAGCAAACUUGAAAUAGUCAUCAAGCUAGUGUUGAGUUAUGAACUUCAGACCAAAGAAAGUGGACCAGGUCGCUCAGGAUGAUGCCGAUUCCCAUAAAUCUCUGGGGUGCAUUGAUUCCGGCGAACUAUGAAUUUUUUUUAGCCAUAAAGAUCCAUGACGGAGAAACCUGAGCACCCUGUACAUGACUAAUGAGUAAUUCCAAAUGCAUUGUUUUUAUACCAUUUUCGAUCCAUCUGUCAGAUCCAAGUGAUCCGCACAAUGUUUGUGAACAUCUGUAUGAAACAACGAAUGGCAAUAAAACAACAUUGGU